CGCACGAGUGAAUGGUCUGUAGGUGUUGCAUUUGGCUGUUUCCUUAGUCUUAAAUUUCUCUCUCUUUUUCUUUUUUUCCCUUUUCAUCUUCUCUUCUUCGUAGCUUCUCAGCCAAACCCUAUUCUUCCACCAACCAUAUCAAUUUUUUCAAUCAUACCCAUUCUCAAAAAAAGAAAAAAAGAAAUACUUUUUUUGGCUACCCACCGACCCUAUGCCUUAAAAAUCCCAUCUCCACUUCACAAUCUUUCCUCACUUGGGGUUUUGUUCAACUUUUGAUAUUUCCAAAUGGGUUUGCUCCGCUUCUUUAGAGUUAAGAGAAAAUCCAAAGUUGCUGAUAAAAAAACCAUUCUCGAUGCUCAAAUUCAACAGAGUUUCUUUGCUACAAGGUUUCGUUGGACUGAGAUCGAGUCUCUCACUAAGAAUUUCUCCACUCUUGUCGGCUCCGGCGGCUUCAGCAACGUUUAUCUUGCUCGGACGGCGCCGGGGAUGGCCGCUGCCGUUAAGAUUUUAGGCGCUAGCGAGCGGCUUAACCGAAUGUUCCGGCAAGAAUUGGACAUUCUUCUCAAACUCCGUCAUCGUAAUAUUGUCAAUUUCGUUGGUUAUUGUGAUGAACGAGAUGAAGGAGCUUUGGUAUUCGAAUAUGUUCCAAAUGGCAACUUACAAGAGAAGCUCCACCGACGGCCAGCGGCGUCGGUUCUUCCAUGGAAAAUCCGGCUACUCAUAGCUUUUCAGUUAGCACAAGCAAUCGAAUACCUCCAUGAGAAAUGCAGUUUACAAAUCGUUCACGGCGAUAUAAAAUCAUCAAACAUCUUACUAGACGAGCAAUUGAACUGCAAAUUAUGCGAUUUCGGGUCUGCAAAAAUGGGAUUUUCGUCCGCGGUGGGGAACCCAUCAUCAUCAUCCUCGCCGUCUAGCCCAUUCAGAGCAAAGCAAUUGAUGAUGGGAUCUCCAGGAUAUACAGAUCCCCAAUAUCUAAGAACCGGAAUCGCCUCAAAGAAAAACGAUGUUUACAGCUUCGGCGUUGUUCUUUUAGAGCUAGUCACUGGGAAAGAAGCAUUCUGUUCGGAGAAGGGUCAAAUUCUGACAUCAAUUUUACCUCCGGCAGUUCGCGACGGGGGAGGAAUUAAAGCGUCGGAGGUCUUGGAAUUAGUUGAUCCAAAACUCUGGGGGGAAUUGGAGGUGGAUGAAGCAGGGGCGUUGAUAGGAAUAGCGGCGGAGUGCGUGAGACAGCCGCCGGCACCGAGGCCGAGGAUCGGAGAGGUGGUGGAGAUGAUGAGGGAAAAGAUGGGGAGUGUUGGGGAGGUGAAACGUGGCAGUAAAGGAUUGGAUAUGGGGAGAUGGUAAAAGAGAGAAAUGUAAAUGUAGAUAUUAUUAAAUGUAAAAAAUGGUUUGUUUGUAAUAUUUGGAAGGGAAGAAUAUUUGUUUGUUUGUUUUAGAGAAGGAAAAAAAGAAGUGAAAAAAGAAGGGAAGUGAAACGUGGAGGAUGGAGUACACGUUGCCAUCACCGACGAUGACUUGUUGUCCAUAACACCAAUUAUUUUGCCAACAGAUUUCGAAUUAUGUGGCUGCCAAUUGUAGGCCCCAUUUUUAUACCUCUUUAUUUAAUAUUCAUACUCUUUUUUU